CCGGAGAGGAGCUGGUGGGCGUAUCGCCUCCCGGAACAAACCACCGCACAGUGUGAGAGUAACUGCUGGUAGGGAACGGUUACUGAGGCGGAUCAGGACGCCCUUUUCAUAAAGGAGAAUAAGAACAUAUAUUUUAUUUAAUCUAAAGCUUGUAUUUCCUUCUGACCUACAACGCAUCCGUAGGCUGCUCAUCCUCCAGGCAGUCCGCACUGCUGUCCGGUGUCUUUUCUUGAAAAGAACAAUGCGGAGAGACGAAGGAGGUCAAGACAAAGUCAUUUCUUUUACUGAAACAAAGGGGAUAAAUAUUUAUCAAGCGGUGGUCCCACAGUUUCUCUUCUUUGAAUUUGUUCUCUCACAACUCUUUUUUUCCCCUUUAGCCGUGGAAGACCUUGGGACGCACAAACACCCGCCGACUAUCGACCAGAGAGGAUUAUUAUUCACGGCGCAAGAGCAUAUCAAAUGCAAAGAGUCGGUAAUAAAUGAAAUGUGGUGCUCCGGCAGCAAUGACAGCUGCUGACUGGGGAAAGCACAGAGCACCGUAAGGGGAGCUUUCGUGGAGACCGACUGAGUGCCCUAAAACGACAUGAUCGGAGUGCAAAAUCGUUUCCUAACUCUCUUACAGGGUUAACUAAUUUCAGUUUACUCUUUAGAGCCUGGAUUCCAGCUAUAUCAGCCCUCUGCGGCUGGAUACUUUUCCUUGAAAUGACCAAUUAACAGAGUGCUAACAAAAAGCUCAAAUGGAGACCAAAUGACUGCACAGCGCAGCGGUUUAGCGGCUUCUUUCCACGACUCUCAGUCCUGUCCCGGCGGAUGAGCGGAUUGCUGCAGGUUAAAGGCUGCCACCGGUCGCAGGGGCUUUUGGUGCGCACUCAACGGGAACUAAACUGAGACACCUUGCUUUCCUCACCACCCUCAAGAAGCCCCGCAGCGCGCCCAGCCUUGCGCGGCACAAUACAGAAAGAGAGGGAGAAAAGUGGAUCCGUUUUUCUCUCUUAAAAAAAGGAAAAGGUUUGAAAAUAUGUUUGACCAAAAAGGAGAUUAUUCAACAUUUUCUUUGUUGAGCGGAGUUCUUCACCUGGCUCGAUAAGGGAGGAGAUAACCGAAGGAGAAAUUGCUGUAACCUAACCGGAGAGAAGGAUAUUAAGACGCGCAGGUCUUUGGAUCUAUCUCUCUGGGCCAUCUCUUUUUUUCUGUCCGUCCACCUGUCACUGGAGUUCAUCUUCAUGCUGAGUCCUAAUAAAACACAGCACGCCAGCUAGAGUUGCCCUGUUUCCCGUGGAGGAUAAUGGAGCGGCUGUGGUUCUCUUUGCUGUUACUGGCAGCGGCAUGCAGGGGACAGCCGUGUCCAAAACGCUGCAUGUGCCAGAGCCUUUCUCCAUCGCUCGCUAUCCUCUGCUCCAAGACAGGCCUGCUCUUUGUUCCUGCUGCCAUUGAUCGACGCACCGUGGAGCUUCGGCUUCAAGAGAACUUCAUCACAGCUGUCCGAAGAAAAGACUUUGCCAACAUGACCAGCUUGUUACAUCUAACGCUAUCAAGAAACACCAUCAGUCAGAUUCUUCCUUCAGCUUUCAGUGACCUGAGGCGACUGAGAGCGCUCCACUUAGAUUCCAACAGAUUAACUGUGAUCAAGGAUGACCAUUUUAAAGGUCUGACCAACCUUCGGCAUCUGAUCCUGGCCAAUAACCAGCUUUACUCCAUAUCCCCCCAUGCCUUUGAUGACUUCUUGUCCACUCUGGAAGAUCUAGACCUCAGUUACAACAACCUUGCCCAGGUGCCGUGGGACACAAUUGGACGCCUAACCAAUGUCAAUACCCUAAACAUGGAUCAUAACCUCAUAGAAAAUGUUCCCCAGGGAGUAUUCACAAAUCUGCAUAAACUUGCCAGGCUAGACAUGACGUCCAACAAACUGAAGAAAAUCCCCCCAGACCCAUUGUUCCUGAGAAUCCCUGUAUAUGCCAAGUCUAAAGGCUCUCCCCUUUCCUCACUUGUGUUAAGUUUUGGGGGUAACCCACUUCACUGUAACUGUGAGCUUCUGUGGUUGAGGAGGCUUACAAGAGAAGAUGACCUUGAGACAUGUGCCUCUCCCCCUGACCUCAGUGCCAAAUACUUCUGGACAAUACCUGAAGAGGAGUUUAUUUGUGACCCACCAGUUCUGACCCGGAAGUCACCUCAUACUGUUGCUAUGGAAGGCCAGCCUGCCAGCUUAAAGUGCAAAGCAAAUGGUGACCCAGAGCCUGAAGUCCAUUGGAUCAGCCCCGAAGGGCGACUUAUAUCUAAUAGUUCCAGAACAAUGGUUUUCCCUAAUGGAAGCCUGGAGAUCAAUGUGACAUCCCUGAAGGAUUCAGGAAACUUCACCUGCAUUGCCUCUAACGCAGCAGGUGAAUCCACUGGAAGGGUGGAGUUAGUUGUCACUGCAGUGCCUCAUCUGGCAAACAGCACAAGCCGCAGCCGAGAUCCUUCCUCGGAGCCUGCUCCGUCUGACAUCCUGACCUCCUCCAAGGUUGCGCUGCCUAACAAUGAGACAAGAGGGGCAGACAGGAGGGUCUCACUGGUGGAACUGACAGGAAAUUCUGCCCUCAUUAGAUGGAGCAGUCAAACUCCUACAUCUGGAGUCAGGAUGUUUCAGGUCCAGUACAACAGCUCUGGGGACGACACACUGGUUUACAGGAUGAUUCCGUCCAGCAGCAACGACUUCCUGGUCCGGGACCUCGCCGCUGGACGCAGCUAUGACCUUUGUGUCCUGGCUGUGUUUGAUGAUCUCAUUACAUCACUGACUGCGACACGUCCUUUGGGCUGUCUCUCAUUCACUACAGACACAGAGUUUAGCCAGUGUCAAGCACUGCACAGCCACUUCUUGGGCGGUACCAUGAUCAUCAUCAUUGGAGGGAUUAUUGUUGCAUCUGUGCUGGUUUUUAUCAUUAUCUUAAUGAUCCGAUACAAGGUUUACAGCCACCAAGGCACAGGCCACGGAAAAGCAGUCAUGGCAGCGACAGCGCCAAGACCGCAGAGCAACGGACAAGGAGGAAGCAGUCAGGUCCAAGUCCUCCCUCGCUCUGCCUCGAAAAUGACAAACAGUCAAGAAGAACACGUGAUGUCACCAUCGAGGGCCAUGUCACCUAGCAAUGCAAUGAGAGACACAGUUGCAUUUGUAGAAGAGGAAAGCAGUGGACACAGCGCUGAGGCAAAGACAGACUCUUUAGCCAGUGAGGAAUUACUCUCACCAACCAAGGCCCGCUUUUCCUCCAGGGUUGCCAUUGAGAUGAAAAUCAGACCACCAUCUGUCGCCAAAGAGCCCUCCUCUCCCAAGGAACUGACAGACCCCUGAUGCUGUUGUUCUGGCAUUUGUGGACAAUAAAUAUCGCAAGAGGGAAGAAGCUGGUUAAAACCCCGAAGAAAAAAAAAAGCCCUAAUUCUAUUUCCUUGCAUCUCCUGUUUACUGCACCCAUUAAUUUGUUUCCUUGAAUAUCAUGGGGUUAUAGAACUAUACAGUAGGAUUUACUUUCAAGCACUAUUCCUGGUUCUCAAGUCUGGAUUGGAGUUUUAAUGGAAGGUCAAUUCCCACUUCUAUCUGAAAAAUGACAUUAAGAGGCAUGACAAUGAUGGAUAAAAAAAAUUAUUAUAACCCCUCACCACCUAGGACGACAUCAACAUGCAUGGACAGACAUUAAGUGGAUGUUAGAAACUGACAAAAAUGAUUGGAUGUGGAUCAAAGCAAAGUGGGAUGCAUAGAUAAUCACACUCAAGCUGGAUGUGCAUUGUGAAAGACUGCACAGAAAAGGAGUAAUAGCCCACAGAAAGGGGUCUAGGUGGAUCUGGCCUUGGAUAUUAACAGAAAUAGACUUAACAUAUUGGAGUCUAAAGGAAGCUUGCUCCAUUCUAUUAAUCAAUGUUGACUAUCACAAUUCUAUUAAAAGUUCCUGAGCUGAGCUGAUUCUUGCAGGGCUGAACUGGAGCAGCAUCUCAAUGGUAACUGGACCUUUUAUCCCUGGAUUUGAAUUUUAUCUGUGGAAACACAUAAAACCUGAACUGAAUGCAUCCCCAUGGACAGAAUUGAACAAACCUGGACCAAGCGGACUGAAACUGGAGUUUUACACGGAUCUCAUCCAAACCAAACAGUAUUAGACUACUCAGUUAUAUGUCUGCUACUGCUCUGGUCCUGUAUCUCCUGCUCUACAAGAUGGGAUUAGUGAGGCUCUUGUGGACCUCCAUUGGUCUCUCUCACAUCUCUCAAGGCCUGCUUAAAAAGACCCAGUGAUCAGGAGGAACGCCACAAGCUGGAAGUCAAGAAAGACAAAUGAAGCAUUAAGAGAGAAAAAUUAAAGUAGCAGGGGUACCAAAUCAAACCAAUCAUUAUUGAUAUCAUAUUACAACAAUCUGAUCUUGAAACAUCAUUACUUUCACCACUGAGUAAGUUUACACAUUAAGAGUUCCACACCACAAGUCACAGUUAAGUUUAACGCAGAGAAAAAUGCUGACUGUAAAAUACUGCACAACAUACAUUGUUAACAUCUUGGCUGUUGUCAUUCAGUCUCAUCACUGAAACACCACAGAGGGUAAAUUACGUGCACACACCAUGGUUGAUAACAGGUCACCUCACAUUUAAUUGUCCAGCCUCUAAAAAGUUCAAUUUUUCUAUUUGUCUGACAGAUGUCCUUGUGUCACUUGUAUAUUCCAGGUGCUCUAUACUUGCAUCUCCCUCAUCAGUUUCAUAAUUCAACAAGUGUAAAAUGGGAUGUGUGGUACACAUGCCUUAUCUUUUACCCAUAUGUGUGCACGUAAUUGCGCUCGCUGCUGUUCCUUGGCGUCAACAAGAUCAUUACCAUUGUGAUGGUUACACGGCUCCCUGCUGUAUGGAGGUACAUUACGGAAAUGGACAGAGAACCUUAAACCUUUUGACCCAUCCCGAAACACACACCCAAAAAAAUAUUAAAAAAAAGGUAUAGACUUCACUCUCCCCCUCCUGUGUUUCUCUCACUUUUUCCUUUGGGCUUUAUAUUUUGUAUGUGUACAUAAAGCAAUUCCAAAUCUAUAGUUUUGUACAUGUAAUUUUUAUGGUGUGUGGAUAUUUUCUAAUAAAAUAAAACAAAAUGG